CGAAAGUGAAAAUAUUUUAUGGAAAUAGUGAAAAAGUAAAAGCAAGAUUGUUUUGUAGAAUAAAAGGAGUAUUAUAUAACACUAUGUUUGUUCAAGGGAUUUGAAAGGAAAAAGAAAAUGAAAUGAAAAACAUUUUUUCAAGUUUUGGUUAGAGAGGAAAAAAAGUAGAAGAAAAAGAAGUCCCUCACAAGACAUGUAAGAUUUAGGAUGAACUCAUUGUUUAGUAUCACAUGUUUGUCUUAAUAACCUGGGAAAAAAAACAUUUUUGUGUGUGGCCGUGUGGGGUGUGUUUUGUCAUUUCUAAUUAGUUCUUAUUAAUUGUAUUUUGCGUGUUGAAGCACGAGGAGGGAUUGAUAAGGAGUUCAAAUAGCUGACAGUGACACAUGGGAUCAGGUUUAUUUCUUCACGAUAAAGAUUCAAUCUUUAAGAUAAACACAGUAGAUUUAAGAUGGAAUCACAGCUGGGUUUGAUUGAGCAGUCCUUCAAUGGUAGAUACUCAAGUUUGGUUAGAGAUGCACUUGAUGGCUUGCCUGAUAGCUUUACAAUAACUGACCCUUCCAUUUCUGGCCAUCCAAUUGUCUAUGCCUCUGGUGGGUUCUUGAAAUUGUUCGGCUAUUCGAAGGACGAGGUGAUUGGUAAGAACGGGAGGAUAUUUCAGGGCCCCGAGACUGACCGGAGAUCGGUUAGGGAAAUUCGGGAGGCGAUACGAGAGGAACGUGCAAUACAAAUCAGUUUGUUGAAUUAUAGGAAAGAUGGGAUCCCAUUUUGGAUGCUGUUCCACAUGUCUCCUGUUCUCGGUCGGGAUGGGAGGGCCAUUCAUUUUCUUGCGGUCCAAGUGCCGAUUUUGAAUACACAAAGAUGGAUGUGGAGGAAUGGGAUGGAUUUUUGUCAUGAUGGAGUAGCUGUAAGGGACCCUGUGUUUAUGUGUUGUAGACGAGAUGUUUGCAUCAAUUCGGCUUCUGGUUUGGGACCCUUUCUAGCUUCGUAUUCAGUUUCUGGCCUGGAUUAUCGUGAAACUCGACCUUGCGAGGCAAGUGAUAUAGAGAAGAGAAAAUCUGUGGCUGCUCUUAACAACAUAUUAUCUGUUCUUAUGAACUAUAGCGAGUUGACUAGCAGCUUGGCAACGGAAAAGAAAUGCUCUCCACCUAGGACGGCUCUUCUUGGUUCAUCAUUAACAUUAUCUCUUGGUAGAAUCAAGCAAAGCUUUGUAUUAACUGAUCCCCAAAAACCCGACAUGCCAAUCGUAUAUGCGAGCGAUGCCUUCUUAAGAUUGACAGGCUACGGUAGAGAUGAAGUAUUGGGAUGCAAUUGCCGAUUUUUAAGCGGUCCCGACACUGAUCCCCUUGCUCAAUUUCAGAUUAAAGAAUGCAUUGGAACAGAACAACCAUGUACAACACGUAUCUUAAAUUACAGAAAAGACAGGACACCAUUUUGGAAUUUCCUACAUAUUUCACCCGUUCGAAAUGCAACAGGCAAGGUCGCAUACUUUGUUGGCGUUCAAAUCGAAGAUGAAGACAAUAGCCAAGAGAAACAUGGGCCGAAACCCGAUAGGAGCCAGCUAAGUGUUGUCGCUGCUGUCAAGGUUGCUGUGAGAGGCUCUUCCAUGGCCAGUUCUCAUACAUAGAGAGAUAUAAUGUGAUCUGCUUUGGUUUUUCUUUAUUAAGGUGUUUAUCAGGGCUCCCUGAUAUAUAUAUUACCACUUUGGGAUAGAUAGAGACACGUACGUUUUACACCAUGUUUGGUUCAAAAAAUUUAGAAGCGAAAAAAAACAGUAUGAAAAUAAUUUCAUCACCAAUUUUCCUACUACCCGAAUAAGAUUGAGAUAUCGGCUUCUUCGACUUUCAUUUCCUUUCCUAAGCAUUUUCCUUUCUCCUGUAAUUCCUCGAACCAAACGUAGUGUUAGGUUUGUAAGCCACAUUCAUUGUAUAUUUUCUGUGGUGUGGCAUUUGAAAUAAAGUCACAAACUCUAA